AUGGCUCGCACUGCAGCUACUAAGCUCGUGCUGGUCGCCCUGGUGGCGGCAAUGAUCCUCGCAGCCUCCGACGCGGCCAUCAGCUGCGGCCAGGUGAGCUCUGCCUUGACCCCCUGCGUCGCCUAUGCGAAGGGCAGCGGGACCAGCCCGUCUGGGGCCUGCUGCAGCGGCGUCAGGAAAUUGGCCGGCUUAGCGCGGAGCACCGCCGACAAGCAAGCUACAUGCAGGUGCCUCAAGAGUGUUGCCGGAGGGCUCAACCCCAACAAGGCCGCAGGCAUUCCCUCCAAGUGCGGCGUCAGCGUCCCCUACACGAUCAGCGCAUCCGUGGACUGCUCUAAGAUCCACUGA